CCUUCCCCUGCCCCCCCGCCGCCUGUUGACUUGUCAGCCCCAGCCCCAGCCCCAGCCCCAGUCAACAACCAGCCUCAUUUUUCAGCCGUCCGCCCCUGCCGCCAGCCUUCUCGCCUCGUUUCCCCAUCAAUCCGCAACCCACCCCCGGAUUCACUCCCCCCAACUCUUGGGCUCUCGUCCCAUCCACCCUCCCCAGCUUUACGCAUUCGAUUUGUAUCCCUGAUCUAAACCAGCUCGGUUGCCAAGCAGCCACCUUCCUCGCGCUUUUUGCUAUGGAUAAAUGGAACCCAUUUGGCGUCUUGCCGCCCAACGAAAGCGAUGAUGAGGACGACUUUACCGGCGCUGGCGGCUUCCGUCGCUAUACGCCGUACUCCUUCAAUCAUCUCUUUCCGUCGCAGCGCUCGCUCUCCGUGCCCCACACCCAACCCCAUGUCUUCGAGUCUGGCCAGUCCGAUAGCACCCUCUUUGUGACGCCGAAAUCUGCAGACGUAUGGAUGACCAACCCCUCGGACCAGGUCUUUGACGACCCACUCCCAUCCCAGCUGCCCAUCGACAGCUUUUCUCAGCAGCUCGAGUCCUCCAUCGCCCUACUCGAGGGCGUCGAUCCCUCCAUGCCGGGCUGGUCGCCGUUCACGCACCCCGACAACUUUGCCACGCCGCUGUCGCCCUCUCUCGCUGGAGAGAAGCUCUUCGACUCGGACCUCUUUGCGGCCGGAUAUCCCUCCGAAAAGGUCCUCGAGGGCUUUGACUUUGCAAACAUGAAGCACCAGCCCGGCAACGCCGACGUCCUCAAGGGCUUCUUCUUGCCCUUCAACGCCAUCCAGGCUGCCGCCCAAAACUCUGUCACCAAAGCCGUGCCUCCGAACCCUGUUCCUGCGCCGCUUGGCUCUGCGCCAGCACCAGCGUCAGUGCCAGUGCCUGCUUCCGAUUCGAUAUCCAGUAUCGAUCCGUUUGUUCUCGCCGCCAAGCUCGGUGCGCUUUCUGGAAAUGUGAGUGGCGAGGACAUCCAGCUUCCCUUCUACAACGGAAGCGAUUUGCUGGACCUCUCCAUCCCUCCGGAAUUCGGCUACCCAGCCUUCGGUCUCGACCACAACUCCACUAAAGCCCUCUGCGAAUCCGCAAACAUUCUAGGGGCUCCUCAACCCGAGUUUUUCGGCUCUGCCACCCCCUUCCUUCCUUCAGAUCUAAAGUACACAGCCUCGGCCAACUCCAUCAAGGCCGAUAAGGCCGUGAAUCCACUCAAGGUCCUGCCGGCCGCAACUCCGCUGCCCUCUGUUCCGAUCACGACCUCGUUCAUGCCCCUUGGUUCUGUCCAGGACUUGUCUGAUCCCGCUGCCUUUAUGGCCGCGUUGGGCGCUGCAGAGGAUAUGGAGGUCAUCGACUUUGCCCAGCCAGGACUGAUGGAGCAGGCCCGGCUAGUCAGCGACUUUUAUUUCAACAGCAACGGCUAGCUCGCGGAUGUCUUGGCCAACGCCGCUUGAUCCACUCGUCUCGAUCAACCUAUCUUGAUCAACCCAUCCGAUCAACCGGACUGGUAUCGGUCAAACGUGUUUUUGGCCAAUCCUGUGCUCACUGAUGCCUGCUGGCUCGACAGUCGCCCGGACUCCCGGACUGCAUCACAUCGUUGUGGAGAACAUACUGUUUGGCUAAGCCAUCCGCAAUUCAUGCCCCCCCCUCCAUACAUUUCUUGUUUUUGCCGUCGAGUUUGAUUUUGGAUUGAACCACCAGUUUGGAUUUGCUUGAAACAUAUUGCACGCAGCGGAGGUUGGUUCUCGGUUUGUUUGUCUCGUCCAAUCCACCCACUUAUCACCGCCCCGCCCCCGAGACUCGGCUUGCCGCUGGACAUGACUCGCCGUGGCUAGAUUUCUGCUGACCUGUCGUUGCCUGAGU